AUUUACGUCUUAAGGCUCGUCUACACGACAAGGCGUAAGACGGCGUAAGGGCGCAGACGCAGGCGCAAGAAGUUUGUUCUUGAUCGUAGCGGCGCGGCGCAACGGCGCAGGAGAAAUAAAUUAUUUUUAUUUCCAACGCCUGCGCCCACGUUACGCCGACUGUUUUGUAGGUUAAAUUAACGGCUUGGGUCGCUCACGUAUCAUCGCCGGAUGGCCGAUGCUAUCCGUGAAGAAACUUUUGUGCCAGAAGAAGAAGUAUCAUCGCCGGCUUUACCUCUAUAUAGUGUGAACGUUGAAAACAUGGAAGAAAGUUAUAAUGAGGCGUGUUCCUGUGUAGACGAGCAUGGCGCAGACAUCUUGCGCCUACGCUUGAGUUUGUGCCUGCGCCCUUGCGCCGCGCUUUUAUGCCUUGUCGUGUAGACGAGCCUUUACGUCUUCCGUCGAUUCGUGUGUGAAGGCCUUGAAGGCUUUCACGCUGAUCUAACCUCACAUGAGCGCGCACAUCACGGAGUCAGGUGUCUGAGUGAGGUUAUAACAAUCGAUGUAAACAAUGAAAACCGAAAUGUAUAAUGAAAUAAUGAUGACAAUCCGCAAUUUUCGAGGCCUGUCAAGAGAUUGCGCCAAAAUGUUAAAGGAGAAAUAUAAUGACAUCCAUCCAAACACACUGUACAGCAUCCUGUCUUUAGAAAUACAACAGAAAAUGAAAACCAAUCACGUUAGAUUGUUUGGAAACAACAAAAGUUAUUACGACAGCUACUUGGAAGCUGUACAGAAUGGGGAGCCAGUAGGCAUUCUAUUAAGGAUAGCAAAAGACAUCGACGCUGCACCAGCUUUAUUAGCACGUAACAUUUUGGAAAAAUACUGUAUGCGCGACAAUGCAAAUGUUUCGAAAAAUCUAGUUUCCAAGCUGUUUAAGGAUACGACACUGAUUGACGAUAAGAAUCUUGCGUAUGAAAUUUACUUGUGCACAUUAUACGAUGAUCUGUAUGGACCUAUAGCAGAUGCAAUGGGAAUAUGCAUAGGGCGAGAAUAUGAAAUCAAGCUUCAAAAUUGUCUAAUACAAAGAAAUGUUGCAUUUCGUAACGAAGAACACUUACGAUUACGAGGAUAUGACAAAACUCCAGACAUUAAAUUGGAAGUACCAAUCGCGGUGAAUGGUUACGUGAUAAACUGGAUUGAAUCCAAGGCACGAUUUGGUAAUAUGGACGUUCAUCAAAAAUACAUGAAGGAACAAUUCUUGAGCUACUGGAACAGAUUCGGGUCUGGACUAGUUAUUUAUUGGUUCGGAUUCCUUGACUGCUUGAACAGAUCGACUGAAAAGAAAUUUAUUAUAAUGGACCAUUUUCCCGAAAAUAUUACAUACAUGGAUCCAACUUGUAUCAAACCUAUGAAUAGUACGUGAUUAUAAUCGAUAUAAUUGUAUAUAUUUAUUUUUGUACAGUUAUCUUCAAGAAAUGACAAGAGAUGAUACAUCUAAUAUUUGUAAAUAGAUUUCUGUUAGAGGA